AUGGAUGUUGUUCAUCUCCGAGAAGAUGAGGUUGAGAUAUUAGAAACAAAAUUAAGAGAUACAACAACAGGAAUUAUUCCAAAAUUAAGAGGUGAUGAUUACAUCAAAGCAUCAGAACUAAUUGAUUGGCUAGUAUCUGCCUUUCCAAUUACUCGAAUCAAAGCAGAAGAGUAUGGUCAAAUGCUUUGGAAUCGUGGUGUAUUUGAUCAUAUUGCCCCACAUCCCUUUAGAGAUGAUGAUCAAUUAUUUAGAUUGAAGCAAGUUGAAAACUCAAACAGAAAGUCGGUUGAUGAGCAACAGUGGAAUCAAUUAAAGCAAGAUGCUGCCAACAAAGAUAUUUCAAAUGCUGACCCAAUUGCAAAGUUACACAAAUCAAUCGAAAAUGCAACCAAAGUAUAUCAAAGAUUACUAAGAGAAAAGAAUCAAGCAUCUUCUCCAAAUACUCUUUUGGGUCUCAAGUUAUUAGAUCAAACAUUAAAUCUUAUUACUUCAAAUCACAAGCCACAUCAAAACUAUGGCCAAAUUCUUGGUUUAUUGCAGAAUACUACCUCUGAUGAAAACGAAAGUGUAUACCUGAGACAACCAUCAGACAGUAAUUUGAAUCAAAAUAAGAAACCAACAACAACAACAACAUCUUCCUCCACCACCAUUCCAAAUCAAGAUCAAUUAGAUUUUACUUCGUUGGCAUCAAAUGAUAUUGAUGAAAUUAUAACUUCAACCGAAAGACUAGAAAGUUCUUUGGCCGAACAACUAAAUUUAGCUCACCAAAAUACAUUAAGAAUUUUAAAGCUUUUAAAGAGAACCAACAACAACAAUAAUAAUAAUAGUAUUAUUAAUACCUUGAACAACAACAAAGGAGGAUCUUCUUUAACAUCAUCAUCAUCAACAUCUCCAUCUUCUUCAGCUUUUGUUACAAAGCAACCAAGGGCAUUGUCUCCUUCAAUACAAUCAUCUCCUAUUGCCAAUCCACCUCCACCUUCAAAUAUUGAUGAAUCACCAAUUUCACUCCAACGCCAACGUUCAUCGAGUCAUUUUGGAUCACUUAAAGGGAUUGAUCUAACACCGGUAUCUAUUGGCAGUGUUGAAAACAAAUUCCCAAAGUUUUUAAUAUCAGAGCCAAAGUCUGACUCUUUUGUAUUUACUGUAAAUGGACCAUCACACGAUUUGUUGGAAUCUGCUGUUCACUCUUGUUUCAACAAUAAUUUCUAUGCCAAAACUGUUUCAACCUAUCCUCAUUUACCUGGACACCCUAAACGUGAAGGAGACCCAAUUUGUGACCACUACUGCGUACAGGUACAGAGUAGUAGAAUUAUUAGUGCUGUUGCAGACGGUUGCAACUGGGGAACCAGACCAGCCGAAGCAGCCGCCAAAGCUUCAACAGCUUUUGUGGAUUUCAUGAGCAAGGCUCUAUCGAGUGAAAUUCAAACAGUACAAGAUGCAGGAAAUCAUAUUCUCUCGUCUUUCAACUAUGCACACAACAAGAUCAUCGAAGGAAAGUCUGAUAUUUGGGAAGCUGGUACUACAACACUUCUUGGAGGUGUUAUGGUUGAAUUGGUCGGUGGAGGUAUAUCAAACCAUCUUGGUGGCGCUAAUAAUGAUUUGUCACAGUCAUCGGCAGCCAACCAAGGUAAUGGUGGAUCAAGUGCAAGCAGUAUUCUUUCUAGAUCAGUACCUGCUAUUGCCAUUGGACAAAAAGAUGGAUCAGGUAAAGGUGGUGGUGCACCAAGAGACCCAAAUUCACCUCCAUCAAAAUGGGGAUUCAUUUGUGCAAGUGUUGGUGAUUGCAAGGCAUUCCAUUACAAUCAUACCUCUAAAAAGUUUACAGACAUCACCAAAAACAAUAGAGGCAACGUUGACGAUCCCAAAGAUCCAGGAGGAAGACUUGGUCCCUAUGUUGCCAAUGGACACCCUGACCUCAGAAAUCUCUGUCUUCAUUUUAUGCCAUGCAACGAAGGUGACAUUAUCAUCUUAAUGUCUGAUGGACUUCAUGAUAAUCUCGAUCCACAAACAAUUGGUGUCUCUCCCAAAGAGUGUCUAUUGCCUCACGAUAAUUGGUCCGAUAUGGAGUUUGAAAAGAUACAGGACAACAAGGGCAAAUACAUGCAAGAAUUCCUCAAAAAGAAAUUGAGGGUCGCCGAAGGAGAGGAUCCUAUUUGUCCAAAAAUGAUAACAGAUAAACUCAUUGAACAUUGUGUAGAGACAACUAGAUCCAGCAGAGAAUUUAUGGUUAAUUUCCCAAACAAGCCUUUACCUGACGAUCUAAAGGCUUACCCAGGUAAAAUGGAUCACACUACUUGUGUUGCAUUUAGAGUUGGUAAACAACAAUUUUAA